UAGGGUUUCUGACGGCAAGGAAGCAGUAAGAGACAGCAACGGCGGUCACAAAUUCACUCAGCCACCAUGGGUCGCAUGCACAGCAGAGGUAAGGGUAUGUCAGCUUCAGCUUUACCCUACAAGAGAACUCCACCGAGCUGGCUUAAGAUUUCUUCCCAGGAUGUAGACGAGAACAUUUGCAAGUUUGCAAAGAAGGGUUUGACACCAUCUCAAAUUGGUGUAAUUCUUCGUGAUUCUCAUGGAAUUGCUCAAGUGAAGAGCGUUACCGGAAGCAAGAUUUUGCGUAUAUUGAAGGCGCAUGGACUUGCUCCGGAAAUUCCUGAAGAUUUGUAUCAUCUCAUUAAGAAAGCAGUUGCAAUUAGGAAGCAUUUGGAGAGGAACAGGAAAGAUAAAGAUUCCAAAUUUAGGUUGAUUUUGGUUGAGAGCAGGAUUCAUCGUUUGGCCCGCUAUUACAAGAAGACUAAGAAGCUUCCACCAGUAUGGAAAUACGAAUCGACCACCGCCAGCACCCUUGUGGCGUAGUUACAGCAACGGAUGCCUUCAUCAAAAUUGAUCUUGGAUAAGCUAUUCACUUUCUGUUUUUAUGUCUUUUUUGUAAGAACUGAGGAUGUUUAGGAGCAGGAAGAUUUUGAAUUUUCAUGAAUGGAACAAAAUAUUUUUCAAGCUA